AUGCCGUCGAUGGGAGCCUUUGAGAGGGUCUGUGGGAGUCCAGGGAGAGCUCUGAAGCUUGUUGAGAGAAACAGUUUGGACCAUCCCUACCCAAGAAGCCUCAGGAGGGGCUUUGAGGAACAAGGUUUUACUACCCGUGAUUCCAACUCUGCUUUCAGUCCCCUGGAGCUCUGUAGGGAAAGUGGAGAAGGGGUUAUAGUGGGGGAACAAGGCAGGCUUGGGGCCCCUCAUUCAGAUUCACGGAAGGGACCAGCCAAGAAGAUCAGUGUCUUUGGCAAGUUAGUGGAAACCAGAGAGAAGUAUGCAGAGACUGUGCCUGAAGUUGAGGGUGCACAUGUGAGAAGCCUGUCCCUGCACUCCCCGGAGUGUGACUCCGUGUCCUGCUGCAUGGGGGAGAAGUGCGGAUGUGCGAGCGUGGACGCUUCCACCCAGUGUGUCUGCAGACGUCUGCGUGUGCUUGCGGUGCCCUUGCACACCUGCGCGUGCCCCGAGAGCCGGCGCGGAGCCCGGCGUGUGCUGCACGCGCGGGAGGGAGUGCGCGUCCCGCGAGUCCCCGCCCGGCCCGCCAGUGUGCGCGCGGGGUCCCGGGCCGGCGUGCGCGCCGGGAGGGCUGAAAAACAAGGCAGAUUUGCCAUUCCCAUGGGCAUCUGGGUGAGGAAAGUGCAGGUGCAAGCCAAGGCACACGCCAUCGCUGCCCUGGGCACACUGGACUUCAGCCUCCUCUAUGACCAGGAGAACAACGCCCUGCACUGCACCAUCAGCAAGGCCAAGGGCCUGAAGCCGAUGGACCACAAUGGGCUGGCGGACCCCUAUGUCAAGUUGCACCUGCUGCCAGGAGCCAGUAAGGCAAAUAAGCUCAGAACAAAAACUCUCCGUAACACUCUGAACCCCACGUGGAACGAGACCCUCACUUACUACGGGAUCACAGACGAAGACAUGAUCCGCAAGACCCUUCGGAUCUCCGUGUGUGAUGAGGACAAAUUCCGUCACAAUGAGUUCAUCGGGGAGACCCGUGUGCCCCUGAAGAAGCUGAAGCCCAACCACACCAAGACAUUCAGCAUCUGCCUGGAGAAGCAGCUGCCGGUGGACAAGAUGGAAGACAAGUCCCUGGAGGAGCGGGGCCGCAUCCUCAUCUCCCUCAAGUACAGCUCUCAGAAGCAGGGCCUACUGGUGGGCAUCGUGCGGUGUGCACACCUGGCUGCCAUGGACGCCAACGGCUACUCAGACCCCUACGUGAAAACAUACCUGAAGCCAGAUGUGGACAAGAAAUCCAAACAUAAGACAGCGGUAAAGAAGAAAACCCUGAACCCGGAGUUCAAUGAGGAGUUCUGUUAUGAGAUCAAGCAUGGGGACCUGGCCAAGAAGACCCUGGAGGUCACCGUUUGGGAUUACGACAUCGGAAAAUCCAACGAUUUCAUUGGCGGCGUGGUCCUGGGCAUCAACGCCAAGGGCGAGCGCCUGAAGCACUGGUUCGACUGCCUGAAGAACAAGGACAAGCGCAUCGAGCGCUGGCACACGCUCACCAGCGAGCUCCCGGGGGCCGUGCUCAGCGACUGACGCCCGCCACCCUGCCGCCACCUGGGCCGCGCG